ACCGCUUUUGCUUUUAAUUAAAUUUGCUAAAUAUUUUAUUGCAACGAACAGAUGAAGCAUACAUAUUCACAUUUGCAUUACUUCAAAUUAACAUUGAAAACCAAAGUUGGAAAACAAAGCACAGACGCACACACGUACACACGCACACACCAAUAUACUCAGCUUACACAUGGAGAGGACAGCAAUUGGCGGCUCGGCAGUGCAGGUGAUCAAUGCAUCCGAGGAGCACACAUUUGUGCUUAACGAGGAUGCGCUCAGUGAGGUGCUAAUGCGGGAGGAGGUCAAGGAUCGCUACGUUUGCGUGGUGUCCGUAGCGGGUGCUUUCCGCAAGGGCAAAAGCUUUCUGCUAGACUUCUUUCUUCGCUACAUGUACUCAAAGUAUGUGCGACACGACGUCACAGACUGGUUGGGCGAUGAGUCCGAACCCCUGUCGGGUUUCUCAUGGCGCGGCGGAUCGGAGCGCGAUACAACCGGCAUACUAAUGUGGUCCGAUAUAUUCCUGCACGAUUAUCCCAAUGGCGACAAGAUUGCUAUUAUUUUGCUGGAUACACAGGGUGCCUUCGAUAGCCAGAGCACCGUACGCGACUGUGCGACAGUGUUUGCGCUUAGCACGAUGCUGUCCUCGGUGCAGAUAUAUAAUCUCUCACAGAACAUCCAGGAGGACGACUUGCAGCACCUGCAGCUGUUCACCGAAUACGGCCGCCUGGCGCUGGCCGACACCGGCAAGAAGCCAUUCCAGCGUUUACAGUUUUUGGUGCGUGACUGGAGCUUCCCAUACGAGGCGGAGUACGGUGCUUUAGGGGGAGACAAGAUACUUAAGCGUCGGCUCGAAGUCUCCGACAAACAACACCCGGAACUGCAGUCAUUGCGUCGACACAUUUCAUCGUGCUUCACUGAGGUGGCCUGUUUCCUGAUGCCACAUCCUGGUCUCAAUGUUGCCACAAAUCCACAGUUCGAUGGCCGUCUUAAGGAUAUUACGCCCGAGUUCAAGAACAGUCUACGAACGCUGGUUCCUAUGCUGUUGGCACCUGACAAUCUGGUCUACAAGGAGAUAAGUGGGCAACGCGUUAGAGCCCGUGAUCUUAUUCAGUACUUCCAAUCGUACAUGAGCAUCUAUAAGGGCAACGAACUGCCUGAGCCGAAGAGCAUGCUGGUGGCCACGGCCGAAGCGAAUCACUUGACUGCUGUCGCGGCCGCCAAGGAAUUGUACAAUCAGCUCAUGGAGGAAGUGUGUGGCGGCACGCGGCCUUACCUAAGCACUGCACACCUGGAAACGGAACAUUUGCGUGUCAAGGACAAGGCGCUAUUUCAAUUUGCCACAAAACGAAAAAUGGGUGGCGAGGAGUUCACGGAGAAGUUCCGCCUCCAAUUGGACUCUGAUCUGGAGGAGGUCUUCGUCAACUAUCGAGCACACAAUGAAAGCAAAAACAUAUUCAAGGCGGCACGUACGCCGGCCGUGUACUUUGCCUGCGCAGUCAUCAUGUAUAUAGUUAGCGGCAUUUUUGGACUGGUAGGACUCUAUACAUUUGCUAACUUCUGCAAUCUGGUCAUGGGUGUAGCGUUGUUAACGCUGGCACUCUGGGCGUACAUUAGAUAUAGCGGUGAGUUAAGCGACUUUGGUGGCAAGCUGGACGAAUUUGCAACUCUCAUGUGGGAGAAUUUCAUGCGUCCAAUCUAUCAAGGUUGCAUGGAGAAGGGCAUUCAACAUGUGGCCACGCAUGCGGCUGAGGCGGCCAUUGGCGGUGGUGGCAGUGCUAGCGGCAGCCGUUCGCCAGCCAAUGCGGUCAAUGGCAAGGUAAAGCGCUCAUGAGAAUACGCCCAAGUCGCACAAUACAAAACGCAGCCGCCUCCCGGGAUACACCAGCCGCAAUCGACAAACAACAAUAACAACAACAACAACGUUACGUGCAAAACAAACAAGA